GAGUGCUGGCGGAACCCGUCGUGUGAAGAGGGGGGAACGGUAGAGUCGCGCUGCAGUCCGUCAGUGUUUAGAGUCCGUCGCUUAUGGCGGAGUACGCGAGCAUAGUGCGGCGGGCCGUGGGGCAGCUCACCGGUCACGGCGGUGUUAAAGGCUUCCUGCUGCAGCUCCUCAGGGUGAAUGAUAUAAAGACUGGAGCAUUGGUGGGUAUUGACAAAUAUGGCAGCAAAUACUAUGAGGACAACAGAUACUUUAUCGGCCGUCAUCGAUGGGUGAUUUACAGCACGGAGAUGAACGGCAAGAACACUCUGUGGGACGUUGAUGGCAGCAUGGUCCCUGCCGAAUGGUAA